GGUAUUCAAAAUCUCUAUAACCGUAUGGAAAGAAUGUAUCUUCUUGGUCCAGAAUUCAUUGACAUUACAUGGAAUGCUGGUGGAGCGUCUUCACAGCUAACUAGUGAAAUCACCGCCACUGCACAGUCUGUGUACGGGUUAGAAACCAUUAUGCACUUGACUUGCACUAAUAUGCCUAGAGAAAAAAUCGAUAAAGCUUUAAAGAGUUUACUCAAUAUUUGGCGCGUCAUUAAUUGUAUGACCCAAUAUUUGACCAUACAGGAUGCUAAAGAAUGCGGUUGUCAAAAUAUUCUUGCUCUUCGUGGGGAUCCACCUAGGGGUCAAGAGAAUUGGGAAGCAUGUGAAAACGGGUUUUCAAAUGCCAUUGAUCUCGUUCGAUAUAUUCGCGCCGAAUAUGGUGAUUAUUUUGGUAUUUGCGUAGCAGGUUAUUGUGAAGGUCACGUUGAUAAUCCCGAUAAAGAAGAUGAUCUACGGCGCCUCAAAGAAAAAGUAGAUGCUGGAGCUGAUUUCGUAGUGACCCAAGUAUUUUAUGAUGUGGACUUAUUUUUGGAUUGGGUUAAAAAGUGCCGUGCGAUCGGUAUUACUUGCCCUAUUCUUCCGGGCAUUUUACCAAUCCAAAAUUAUACUGGAUUCAAUAAAAUAAUAACAUUAUCAAAGACUAUCGUUCCUCAAUUUGUCAUGGAUGCCUUAGAACCUAUUAAGGACGAUGAUGCCGCUGUAAAAGAAUAUGGAAUUAGAUUAGCUGUUGGGAUGAUCAGAAAAAUGUAUGAAAAUGGAAUUGAUGGUUUCCAUUUUUUUACAAUGAAUUUGGAAAGGUCUACGCGUUUGAUAUUAGAAGCUUUGAAAUUUGUAGCACCUGUAGAAAACGUAAAACCUUUACCAUGGUGCCCGUCUCUAUCGGCUAAACGCAAGAAGGAAAAUGUACGCCCUAUAUUUUGGAGGAAUCGUACAAAAAGUUAUAUUGCACGCACCGAAGCAUGGGAUGAAUUUCCUAACGGAAGAUGGGGUGACUCUAGGUCACCAGCUUACGGUGAACUGGAUGGUUAUGGCAUAUCAUUAAAACAUACUACUAAAGAAGCUCUUGAAUUAUGGGGCUACCCCUAUACUUUAAAUGAUAUUUUCUCCAUGUUUGUCCGAUACUGCCGCGAUGAAAUUACAUCUCUACCAUGGUCCGAUCAACCUCUUGCAAAAGAGACUGAAAUUAUCAGGGAUCGUUUGACUUAUAUAAACUCUUUGGGAUAUCUUACAAUAAAUUCACAACCUUCUGUAAACGGCGCCCGCAGUGACGACAAUGUGUUUGGUUGGGGACCUAAAAAUGUGCAACUUAAGGCAUACUUAGAAAUUUUUGUCUCUCCUACAAAACUUGAUUCUCUAAUUGCGAGAAUUGAGCGUGACCCCAAUAUAACGUUUUAUGCUGUAAACAAACAGGGUGAUCUGAAAACAAAUACUCAGAGUGAAGGACCUAAUGCUGUGACGUGGGGAGUAUUCCCCGGAAAGGAAAUAAUCCAGCCGACGAUUGUCGAAGCUGUAAGCUUCGUGGCUUGGAAGGAUGAAGCUUUCGAACUAUGGAAUGAAUGGGCUAAAAUUUAUGAACCCGAUUCUGUAUCUAGAAAAUUGAUAUUACAAGUAGCGGAAAAUUGGUAUUUGAUUAACAUUGUGCAUAAUGAUUUCCAUGAUGGUGACGGAAUUUUCAAAAUUUUCGAACACGAUGCAGUAGACUUACUAGAUGCCGAUCGUUGA